CGAGGCGCUGCCCGGUCGCGCAUUGCGGCUGCGCGGAAGUGGGAGGGUGGAACGGAAGUGACGUUACGACCGGCGACUUCCGGUUCCGGUCGCUCUUUUCUCGGCGGCGAGGCGAGGCGGCGGACCGGUGCCAAAAUGCAGAUCUUUGUGAAGACGCUGACGGGCAAAACCAUCACCUUGGAGGUGGAACCCAAUGACACCAUCGAGAACGUCAAGGCUAAGAUCCAGGACAAGGAAGGGAUUCCCCCCGACCAGCAGCGCCUGAUCUUCGCAGGGAAGCAGUUGGAGGAUGGCCGCACACUCGCCGACUACAACAUCCAGAAAGAGUCCACCCUGCAUCUGGUGCUGCGUCUGCGCGGGGGCAUCAUUGAGCCCUCCCUGCGGCAGCUGGCCCAGAAGUACAACUGCGAUAAGAUGAUCUGCCGCAAGUGCUAUGCUCGCCUCCAUCCCCGUGCUGUCAACUGCCGCAAGAAGAAGUGUGGCCACACCAACAACCUGCGCCCCAAGAAGAAGGUCAAAUAGAGCUGCUCUGCACCGCACUGUGCUCUCCUAAUAAAGCAUCUGCGUUCAAACCCUG